UGGAUAUUCGUUAUUUGCGGCUGAGCCCAACCCCGCCGGGGCAGACAACUUUGUGGAAAAAGUGGGGAAUUAGUGCAAAGUGUUGCACGUUUUUUUAAGCACCGCUUGGCUGGCUGCCUCUGCUCUGUUUCGUCACUAACAACAUGCAAGUGGGAAUUAUAUAAAUGCGCCGCCUUUCAACUCGGCCGAUGGGCAACAGAAGAUUUCUGCCAACUGACCGCAACAGCGACUGGGGCCAAGUGCUAUCAGGCCGCUGCUAAAGAAGUCAAGAUAAACGCGCAUUUGGGUCAUGGUUAACAGCGCACGAGCGCAUACUGGUUUUUACAUUGCCGUGUGGUUUUUGUAAGUCGCGGAAUUGCCAAAAACUUUACACAAAUCGAUGACCUGCAAGUUGGCUAAUUUAAUUUGGAGCCGCUUUCGGCCCGGGCCCGCAUUCAACCAAAUACAAAUAAAUGUGCGCAUGUCUUCAAGAUAGGCGGCAACUGUCUUUCUGCCUUAACUAUUCUGUCCCUGCAUCAAAAGCUUAGCAAAAACGCCAUCGCCCACGGGCCAUGGUCCAACCCGAACAGUAGAAAAUCCAUCAAUCAUGCGUUUUAAUGAGCGACUCAAAGCCGGUUUAAAUUGGCGCCAGCGCAACGAGAGUAAAAGCAACUUAGCCAAAUUAAAUCCGGUGCCCAAUUACCCUUACCUAUAACCAUGUACUUCCAGCUGGUUGCGAUGCGAACAAAGCGCCGGAAGCUGCUGGUCUGCUGGGCAGCCUUGCAGGCGGGCAGCAGCAUAUUCACCUAUCUGUUGCUUUUGCUGGCACAACAACAGCAGGCAUUGGCCGGGAUUGUGCCGCCGCCGUGGAGUGACCCGGCAAAGAAUCCGUGCGCCAGCAUGGCCGGCGGCUGGCAGCUGCUCUACUGGACGCCGCUUAAGAAAUGCUUUAAGAUCUUCACACUUGGCUACCCCUGUCCGGACACCAUGGAGCUGAGUCCCACGCCAAUAAGCGCCAAACGGAAAGAUGUGCCCGCGGCCGAGUGCCGCUGCCCGCCGGGCACGGCGCUAAGUGCUCUCACCGACGCUUGCCACAAGCUGUACGAGCGCGGGCCCUGCCAGCGGGGCGAGUACUUCCAGCCUCUACCAGAACAGGCCAAGAGAGCCGACAACCGCUGGGGCAGCUGCAAGCGGCCGCUGCACUGCGACGAUGGCAUGCUCUUCUGGCCAAAGGACGGAAAGUGCUACCCGAAACACUCGAAGGGACCCUGCAUUCGGGGCAAGCUGCUUGCACGCAACGAAGACGGCCUGGCCGAGUGCCGCUGUGAAGAUGUGGGCGAGCUGCGACCCUACUAUUACACAGUGGAGGAAUCCUGCUAUGAGCACUAUACUAUAGGACCUUGCUCGACACCGGGUCACAUAUUUUUACCCGGCGGCCGCUGCGACUGCCAGCGACAUCUGCCCCACUAUCACGCCCCACACCAGAUGUGCUACGAGCUAGACACUCCUGGUCCCUGUCCACCUGGCCAUGUCUUUCGCAUACCCGAUGAUAUCGAAGCGGACCAGGAACCGGACACGCUGCUAACCCUGCCGCAUGCCAAGUGCUUGUGCAAGGAGGGCUAUGUGCCCUGGAGCGACGGUCAUUGUUAUCGCCUCUACACACGCGGCCCCUGUGCAGUCAACGAGUUUGUGGUCAAUGAAACCUCCUGUAUACGUAACUUUUGCGGCAAGAACCGGCUCUACUUUCCCGCCGAGGACUCCUGCUACAGGAUCGGCUCACAGGGACCGUGCUCCCUGCACCAGGUGGUGGUAUUUGACUUUACGGCACGACCAUCCGUAGAUGGAAUCUCCUACAACGGCAUGUGUGGCUGUGCGGGCGUCAUUACAAACCUGGACCAGCAGUGCUCAGCCAGCAACGAUCAGGAGAAGAGCAUUUGCGAGGCCACGCCUGGCAUGGUUGAGAUGAAUGGCCAGUGCCAUAAACUGUACUCGCGAGGACCCUGCGGUGCCGGCCAGUGGCUGGAGCCGCUAAAAACGCAAUCGAUCAACGGCACCGCGCUCUUGAGCUAUGCCAGCAAGGCCAAGUGUGUCUGCCGGCCAGGCUAUACGCCGGCCGAAACAGAACACGGCGGAACGCACAACUGCAGCGCACCCAGCGUGAGCCUGGCGAGGUAUUUAACCAUCGAGCGACAGAACUCGAAGUUCCUCACUGAACCAAACAACCCACUUUCGUCCCCAGCUAUAGUUUUACUUUAGUCUAUCCCAUGUCGAACUCUUGGAUUUAUCUACCCAAUUCUCAGCGCAUGUCUAUUUCUACUUAUUUACCUAUGUUUCUAAGCUAUCUAUGGCCCGCAGUUUUCGAUGCUUUGCGAUUUCAUAUUAGAUCAAUCGAUUUAAUCGUUUCAUUUCCUUUUAGGUGGUUCUUAGAUAUAUUUGGCUAACGUUCGCAGCCAAAGCUUGGCUUUAAAAGACGCCAGGGUGGGAGAUUGUGCCAUGAAUGUAUUACCCCAGCAACUGUAUAAAUGUUUAAGUGAACUGUAGAUAAUAUGAAUAAACAUGUUUUAUGUAAGUCUAUCAUAUUAUGGUCCACGAA